AUGCCUCGAGCCAAGAAAGAUCCGAACGCUCCAAAAGUCGCGAGAGCAGUCUGGACCGAUUCCAAGAUUUGUUUUAUACUCAACGAGUUUUUAACUGAAAAAGAGGAUGGUAACAUGAUUGGUGGCAACUGGAAACCCGUGGCUUACACCAAUGUUCACGAGAGAUACACUCUUGCGUAUCCAGAAGACAAGGUGAAUAGAGAACAAAUCAAAAAUUUAUACACCACAAGCAAGAGUUCUUAUACUGGAAUGAAAAAAGUCAAAAUGACCUCUGGAGUUGGAUGGGUUGGUGGCAAGAUCGACAUGCCAAAUGAAUGGUGGGAGAACGUAGGCAAGAAAGACAAGGACGCGAUGAAGCUUCGAAACAAUUCAUUCGACUACUACGAAGAAAUGGAUGCAAUGCUUCAUGGAUCUAAACCGGCUGGGGCUUUACGUACUGGCACAAGUUCUGGUACACGAGUUGAGGCAGAGAAUAACGAGGAAGAGGAAAUUGAAAUUAUAGAUCAUGAUAAUUUAGAAGAAAGCAAAGAAGAAAGCAGAUAUGAUGAAGUAGAUGCACAAGGAUUGACCCAAGCCAAAAGAGACCUCGAUGAUCUUCCAGAUUCAGAUGAAGAAGUUUCAACUGAAAAAGGCAAAGGUAAAGCAAUCGUAUCAGACUCACAAAACCUCGAUCUUCCAACUCCAAAGAACCCUACCACCGUCUCUACUAUCAGAAAAGAAGGUACCAAGCCUUUGACUUCAAAAUCUACCCCUGUUUCGAACAUCAAGAAGAAAAUGCCGGCUCGCGAGGUCAAACCAGUCACACUGGCAACUGUGAUUGCUUCGGCUUCCGAUAACUUGGCUAUCAAGGCUCAAGAGAAGGCAGAUCGCUCUGCUCAGCUCAAUUCAGCCAUAACCGAAGCAGCUCGCAUCAAGGCCGACAAGCUUCCAAACUUACAGAAGGCUCUGGAACUCUUCAACCCCGCCAGCGAAGAUCAAUUUCCCAACUUAGACGACCGAUUAAUUUCGAUUGAUGUCAUAUCACAGGAGGCUAAAGCGGCUGUCUUUGGUGGUCUAGAUCCAAAGAUGCGCUGGGUUUGGCUCAAAGCACAGGUGAAUGUUAUCAAGGAGGCUAGGGAAAAAAAUCAAGGAUCAUCUUAA